AUGGUGGUAACAAACUUAACUGGAAAAGGAAACUACAAAUUGAUCGAACAAUUUUAUUGUUCCAAAGAACUGGCGGCUGGAAAGGUGAACAAUUGCUUAAUAAUUUUGUCUGUGAUAAAUAUCUUCCUGUCCAUUACUGCAUUUCUGGGGAACACUAUGAUUCUAGCCGCUCUGCGCAGGGAAUCGUCACUACAUCCGCCGUCCAAACUCCUGUAUCGUAACCUAGCGAUAACUGAUCUCUGUGUUGGUGUCAUCUUGGAACCUCUUAAUGUGACUUAUUGGAUAUCUGAGGUCACAGAACGAUGGAGUACUUGUCGUUACGUCUGGGUCUCUGCGUAUGUCACAGGAUUUAUUCUUUGUUCAGUGUCCUUGAUGACGAUAACGUCGGUAAGCGUGGAUAGACUUCUCGCCCUGUUUCUGGGGCUCAGAUAUAGACAAGUUGUAACUUUAAAGAGAACAUAUGUAACUGUAACAGCCCUUUGGGCUAUCUCCAUCGUCGCUGCAACAAUGUACUUUGUGAAUUCUUUUGUAACUUCCUGGAUUGGCAACAUAGGUAUAAUACUCUGCUUAUUGACCUCGAUCUUCUCUUAUUCCAAAAGUUUCCUUACUUUGCGUAAAAACCAAGUCCAGCCACACUGGGCACACGCCUCGCAAGUACAGUCAAACCAAGCAAAUUCACUGAACAUGGCUCGAUACAGAAAGGCAGUAUCCAGUGCAUUGUGGGUAGAGGUAACAUUAGUUGUUUGUUAUCUUCCGUAUGUUGUUGCAGUAGUUCUAACGCCCCAAGGAGAAUUAUCUUUACCAUAUUACCUUGCUCGACAAUUUGGGGUUACUAUUGUAUCCCUAAACUCGUCGCUAAACCCGUUGUUGUACUGCUGGAAGAUCAAGGAAGUUAGACAAGCGGUGAAAGACACACUCAAACAUAUUUUCUGUUCGUUUGUUUAA